AAGUUAAUUAAAAGGCGGUUUUUGACAAAAAAUAAAAAUAAAAAGGCGGGCUUGUCUUUCAGUUUCAGCAAAUAGAAAGAAAAAAAAAAAAACUGGGCUCGCUAGGUUUACAAAGUCUCUUCGACUAGAACUUCUGUCUGUGACGCGAAACCCAUUGAAUUUCGCAGCCAUGGCGAGCACCAAAGUUCAGAGGAUUAUGACCCAACCCAUUAACUUGAUUUUCAGGUUCCUUCAAAGUAAAGCCCGCAUUCAGAUUUGGCUCUUUGAGCAAAAGGACCAGAGGAUUGAAGGCCGAAUCAUUGGUUUUGAUGAGUACAUGAAUUUGGUUCUGGAUGAGGCCGAAGAAGUCAGCAUCAAGAAAAACACCAGAAAGUCAUUGGGAAGGAUUCUUCUAAAAGGAGACAACAUAACUCUGAUGAUGAACACGGGAAAAUGAUGGCCAAUCUAGCAAAUGCAUGAACUAAGGCUACAGUGUCUUUUCAUUGUGAUGGAGGUUGAGCUCUUUAGAUUUACUGCUUUUCUAAAACAAACAUACGUUGGAUGUCAUUUAUGAGUAGUGAUAUGUAUUGACAACCUUAAUUGCAAGUGGAUAUACUUUCACUGGUAGUACUUACACUGUAUCUUGUUUUGUCAUGCAAAGUCUUUAUACUUUGUGUUUAUAUUUGA